AUGGAUCGCCAUGUCAAAGAGCAGGCAGAGGAGACUCGCCAUAGUGAACAUGUUGAUGUCAAGGGCCGCCUGCAAGUUCCCUCGGUGAACUUGAUCAAGCAGAAAAACGCCGAACUCUACCUCGAAGCGAUUCAAACGUACCCAGACGACGAAUGCAUCGACAAGGAGGAAGAGCGAAAGCUGAAGCGCAAGAUUGACCGACGCAUUCUGCCCGUGUUGGGCAUUUGCUACUUCUUUUACUAUGUGGAUAAAACAACGCUCUCUUAUGCUGCGAUCUUUGGCAUCAAGGAUGAUCUCGAACUAAAGGGGACUGAGUAUUCUUGGCUGUCAAGUGUCUUCUACUUUGGCUGGCUUGUUUGGUCCAUCCCUUCCAACCUCAUUAUGCAACACUGUCCUCCCGGAUACUACCUUGCCUUCAACAUCUUCAUGUGGGGUGCGCUGCUUAUGUGUCAAGCUGCUUCCCACAGCUUCACCACAUUGACUGUUCUCCGGGUGCUUUCCGGGGCCUUUGAGGCCAUUGCAGACCCAGCCUUUAUGCUCUUCACCUCAAUGUUUUACACCAGGGAAGAACAACCAAGUCGGAUCUCAGCAUGGUAUGCGUGGAACGGAAUCGGUGUCGCCGGUGGUGGACUUAUUGGAUACGGAAUCGGAAACAUCAAAGGAGCAUUAGCCUCGUGGCGAUAUGAAUUUCUCAUUGCGGGAGCACUCUGUUCCUUCUGGGGACUUCUCCUUGCUAUCUUACUCCCUAACUCUCCUACAACAUUCUGGGGCUUCACUCACAAGGAAAGGUUGCUCAUGAUUGCCCGGAUGCGCCAGAACCAGACAGGUGUCGAGCAGCGCAAGGUCGAUUGGUCACAGAUCAAAGAAGCCUACCUUGAUUAUAAAACCUGGCUCUUCACUCUUCUCGGAUUUGUGUCAGCUAUUCCCAACGGAGGUAUCUCAAACUUUAGCACCCUUGUUAUCCAAGGCCUCGGUUUUGAUACUCUUCACACUACUCUACUUGGUAUUCCGCAGGGUGUUAUCGUGGUAAUUUGGAUUGGUCUUGGGGCGUUGGCCAACAAAUAUAUGCCACAAAACAGCAGGACUAUUGUCUGCGCAAUCUUCAUGAUUCCGACAAUGGCUGGGGCUUUAGGUUUCCUACUGGCUCCUCGAGAUGCAUACGUUGGCCGACUUAUAUGCUUCUAUUUGACCGGUUCAUACCAAGCUUCGUUCGUCAUCAGCCUCUCCCUAGUAACAGGAAACACUGGUGGUCAAUCCAAGAAGAUGAUUGUAUCAGGUAUGAUCUGGUUCGGCUCGUGCGUUGGCAGCAUCGCCAGUCCUUUCUUUUACAAGACGAGCGAGGCGCCUUCAUAUCGUUCUGGAAUUGCCUCACUGCUGGCGGCGAAUGUAAUCGAAUUUCUACUAUUCUUCGUUUUUAGGUACGCAUUCAUAUGGGAGAACGGGCGCAAGGAGAAGAACCGCAUAGAAAGGCAGGCUGAAGGUGUCGUGGAUGAUAGUGCCGAAGGGUUGAAUGCCACUGCAUUCCAGAAUUUGACGGACAAGCAGAACCCCAACUUUAGAUAUGUUUAUUGA